GCUUCAAGUUUCUGCCCUCCAGCACAUUCUUGCAAUGAUUGGAUUGGUCCUCCUGACAGACAGUCAAACCUCCGACCAAUAGUAUUUCAUAUUCCUAAAAAUGAAUCGCCACUGGGACGAAGACUUAGGGAAUUUAGACAGGAAACUCAAGUUUGGAACCAACAAUUCUGGGCAAGCCAGAAUGUGUCAUUCAGAAAGGGAAAAGAAGAAUUCAUUUACUCAAGACUGAAGGCUAAAGGUCUGGAAAUGAAAGAUGAAACAGGUCAAAAGGUAACAUUGAGUGCAGAAGAAAUGGCAGAUUUUUACAAGGACUUUUUAAGUAAAAAUUUUAAAAAGCACAUGUGUUAUAACAGUUGCCAGGCAUCUGUUUUCCAAUCGGAAUGCCUGGUCGAAAAAGGGACCCUGGCGGCACCAGUCCCACGCGGCUCAUCUCCAGGAAGACAAGUGGGGUCCCACAUGUGGUGGGAAGCAGAGACUGCCUGGAGCCAGAGAAUGUAUGACAAUAUGUCCACAAUGGUGUAUCUAAAGGAAGAGAAGUUGGAGAAGCUUACUCAAGAUGAAAUAAUUUCUAAAACUAAGCAGGUGAUUCAGGGACUAGAGGCACUGAAGAAUGAACACAAUUCCAUUUUGCAGAGCUUACUUGAGACACUGAAAUGUUUGAAGAAAGAUGAUGAAACUAAUCUGGUGGAAGAAAAAUCAAACAUGAUUCGAAAGUCGCUGGAAAUGUUGGAACUUGGACUUAGUGAAGCACAGGUAAUGAUGGCCUUGUCAAAUCACUUAAAUGCAGUGGAAUCAGAGAAGCAGAAAUUGCGAGCUCAGGUUCGCCGGCUAUGCCAGGAAAAUCAGUGGUUGCGUGAUGAACUAGCCAGUACUCAACAGAAAUUACAGAAAAGUGAACAGUCUGUGGCUCAGCUGGAAGAAGAAAAGAAACAUUUGGAAUUCAUGAAUCAGUUAAAAAAAUAUGAUGAUGAUAUUUCUCCAUCAGAAGACAAAGACACAGAUUCUGCCAAAGAACCUCUGGAUGACCUUUUCCCCAAUGAUGAAGAUGACCCAGGGCAAGGAAUCCAACAGCAGCAUAGCAGUGCAGCAGCGGCUGCUCAACAAGGUGGCUAUGAAAUUCCAGCAAGAUUAAGGACUCUUCAUAAUCUGGUUAUCCAGUAUGCUUCCCAAGGUAGAUAUGAGGUUGCUGUACCCCUGUGUAAACAAGCACUGGAAGAUCUGGAGAAGACUUCAGGUCAUGAUCAUCCUGAUGUUGCCACUAUGCUAAACAUACUUGCAUUGGUGUACAGGGACCAGAACAAAUACAAAGAUGCAGCAAACCUCUUGAAUGAUGCCUUGGCUAUUCGUGAAAAGACUUUGGGCAAAGAUCAUCCAGCGGUGGCAGCUACUCUAAAUAAUCUUGCAGUGCUUUAUGGUAAACGAGGAAAGUACAAGGAGGCAGAACCUUUGUGUAAGAGAGCUUUGGAGAUCAGAGAAAAGGUCCUGGGGAAGGAUCACCCAGAUGUUGCCAAACAGUUAAAUAAUCUGGCCUUACUGUGUCAGAAUCAGGGUAAAUAUGAAGAGGUGGAGUACUACUAUCAAAGGGCACUUGAGAUCUACCAAACAAAACUAGGACCGGAUGACCCAAAUGUAGCCAAAACAAAGAAUAAUCUGGCAUCCUGCUAUCUGAAACAGGGAAAAUUUAAGCAAGCAGAAACUUUAUACAAAGAAAUUCUUACUCGUGCACAUGAAAGGGAAUUUGGCUCUGUAGAUGAUGAAAAUAAACCCAUCUGGAUGCAUGCUGAGGAGAGAGAAGAAUGCAAAGGAAAGCAAAAAGAUGGCUCGUCCUUUGGAGAGUAUGGUGGUUGGUACAAAGCUUGCAAAGUUGAUAGUCCAACAGUAACAACUACCUUAAAGAAUCUUGGAGCACUUUACAAACGUCAAGGCAAGUUUGAAGCUGCUGAAACAUUAGAAGAGGCAGCAAUGAGAUCUCGUAAGCAGGGUCUUGACAAUGUUCACAAACAGAGAGUUGCUGAAGUGCUAAAUGACCCCGAGAGCAUAGAAAAAAGGCGAAGCCGAGAAAGCCUCAAUGUAGAUGUGGUAAAGUACGAAAGUGGCCCUGAUGGAGGCGAGGAAGUGAGUAUGAGCGUAGAAUGGAAUGGGGAUGGCACUGGAUCUUUAAAACGCAGUGGUUCCUUUAGCAAGCUCCGUGCUUCAAUUAGACGCAGCAGUGAGAAGCUGGUUAGAAAGCUGAAGGGAGGAAGUUCACGAGACAGUGAACCAAAGAAUCCUGGGAACGAAAUAAUUGUCUGACAGACUCAAGGGCUCUGAGUGCCAGUCACACUGAUUUGGCACAUUGAAGUUCUUGGACAGAAACUAGCUAAAAUUCCUUUGUGAAUAAAGAAGCACUGAGACUCUCAAAGCUUUGGUUCCUUAUGACUCUCUAUAGGAACAUCUAAUUUGUAGACUCUUUUGCAAUGGACGGCUGUUUUUACUUUUCUAAAAUAGUAGUGACAUUUUUAAACAUAGUAUUAGUGGAUAUUUUCUUCUGAAGAGAAACUAUAUAGAUAUAUAUUGCUCAUUGCACUGCUGUAAUUCAUGCUACUUAUGUUGAUUUCUGUUAACAGAUCUGAAUAUCACAGCAGCUGAAAACUGAAAAAAUAGAAAUACAUAUAAAACAUACCAAAAUGCAAAGGAGUAUAAAGGGUUCUCUAUAUUGAUAUUUGAAAACAGAUUAAAUAUGUAACAGAAAAUAUAUACAGUGCUUGAAUGAGAGACAAGUAUCAGUUAUGUGCAUUACUGCAUAAAUUCAGAAUGGGGUAUACUAUGCUGGUGCGACUUUACCUUACAUGACUAGAAGAACAAUUUCAGAUAUCUUGCCUGAAAAGUAGAGCUUAAAUAUUGGAUUCCUUAACCAGUAGAUCUAAAUAAUAAAUUUUGUAAUGGAAACACUCAGACUACCUUAACUAUAGGUGGCAUGCAUAGCAAUACCUGUAACUAUGAAAUUUCAUACCUUAUUUAUUGAUGUAGAUCUUAAGGCCCAGUAAUCAGUGGUGCUCAUACAGUUCAUUUUGAUCGGGGGGAAAUAGCAAAGAUUUUGGCCUGUAUUUUGUACAGUAGAUGCAUUUCGAAGCUGUGGGGUGCAACUGUCCAAGCGCAGUAGAAUAUUGUGCCUCAGGUUGCUGACACUUUUCCUGCCUUUCCACUGGAAUUCUUAUCCCUUAGUUCUCUUUAGGCUAAAACUACUCCAUUGUUCCUUCAUGCUUGUUCCAGCUCUUGCCUCUCUCCAUAUUAGUUGAUGGCAACAGGAGCAAAUGAAGCAGGUGAUUGCAUGCUAGGCUGUUAUACUGUGGAAUAGCUGCUGUGCAGAGGACCUACUUGUGAAACUCUCUACUGAAGUUUAAUACAUUUAGGACCCCAUCAGAAGCACUAGAUGCCCUUAUUUGGCAGGUAGGUCACAUUUUUGAUCAGCCAUCCUUUUUUUAAUCUAUAUACAAUUAAUAGAUGUGCUGUCUGUAUUCAGGCCUGCUGCUGGGACUAAGUAUGUAACGUUUAAGUAUCUUGUGAACACUAACAUUUUCAGUUUGUUUUUUUUCUGUAAAAUAUGUGAUUUUUAAAACACCACACAUAGAAUUUUGUAGACAGGUGAAAACUGUUAUUUACAUGCAAGUGGAAGGAGAAAGUAAAAAUGUGCAUGUGUUUGUGAAUAUAGGGAAGUAAUUGAAAUAUACAGAACAAAAAGAUAACUUUGGGACAAGAUGGAAUACUAAUCCAAGAUGAGACUAACACACAUUGAGGUAAAAUAGAGGAAGGAAAAAAAAAGUUUUGGUAUUUGAUCAGGCUGUGAAGAACUCACUAGACCCUAAUACUGUUAUAACUCCUUGACCAACUGGCACCUGGUUUUAAAGCUUAUUUUAAUGACUGAUGCAACCAGUCAUAUAUGUAAUGCGCUUAUGUUUACUAUGAGGUACUUCAUUAGCAUCUCUAUAAAGAAGAAAAUUGUAUAUAUGGUGUACUUGCCAUAAAAACAGUCCAGAAAUUGAGACAAGAUGCUGCUAAUGUGUAGUGGUUUUAAUCCAGACUAGUGCAAUUCAGUGAUGAACUUGAGAACAAAUUAUUGCUCAGUUAUUUUAUAGAUGUAGUCAUAAUGUGGACUCAAAUUUGAAUGUUUUUUAGAGCUUUUACAUUGUUUUAGUAAAACAUCACAUAUAUGUUUGUUGGUGAAUUCAUAGUUCACUGCACAAAGCUUGACGUAAACUAGCUUUGCCCAUGGAAAUAAACAGCAGUUGCUGGGAGUGGAGUAAGAAGAUGGUACCCAUUGCUAACUGGUGGGCAGGCCACAGGGCUACCACAACUGCUUUGUGUCAGCUGUCUCUUUUGCAAUAACUAUGAAGGAUUUCUAGUGCAGAGGCCUGCCCUACCAGUCAGCCUUUGCUAGUAUGGGAGGAGCUAUCACAGUAAUGGUGGCCCAGAGGACUUUUUACAGGCCCUUUACAUCCAAGGUGACUUUCACCAAUGUGAAAAGCACCUAUAAAGGUCUGACUUUGUAGAAAAGUAGGUAUUCUGACCCAAAGGGACUUAGAUUGCACCAAAAAUCAAAGAACUUGUUUCUAAGCCUUUAAUUCAAAUUUGAAAGAUGAUGAUUUUGCAGCCUCUCAGAGAACUGGAACUUGUUGUGUAAAUAGAAAUCUGUUUAAAUAUUUAAAACAUAAUUCAGACCUGCUUAACUAGAAAUUUUAUUACAUGGUCUUAAAUUCAAGACUAGAGUCAGACUCUGGUAGUGGUGGAAUCUCAUUUUAGGUUUUUAAAUAGCUCAAUAAAAUAUUGUAGGUGGUACUCUUAGUACUGUGCUUACAAAUGUGACUUACAUGCUUUAUAUAUUUAAAGGAAUUCUAUCAAGGAAUGAUAAGGUUAAAACGUUGACCUACUUCUCUAUUGCACACCAUCUUCCCAAACAAAACCACUCUUUUACCAAGUUGCAAAAUCUGUGUAAUUUUUCUUAGGUUUUUAGCAUCGAUCAUCCUUUUGUUUAAAUGAUCCAAAAAAUUACUUUGCCAGUGUAUGCAUCUAUUUGUUUUUAUGUGGACUUCUGAGUUUACUUUUAAAUAAUAAUGUGACACUUCCAUUUUAAUUUUUUGGCUAGACUCUGUCAGUUGCGCACCAGUUGCUAGCAGUACUCUCCCUAUUCGUUCUUGAUUGAAGAUCUAAUUAAAUAUCAUGGUAAAAUUUAGCAGUGAUUCGUAAACUCCCUUUGUAGAUGGGUGACUGAACUAGCAGUUUACUGUUUGUAAACAAUGUCCCUAGUAGCAAGGUAUUUAAAUCAAACUAUGGAUGAACUAAUUUAGACAUUUAUUUUCAUGGUUUUGUAUUUUUUUUCAAGGAUGAGUGGUAGUAAUUCAAAAAGGUUUAAGCUUGAAGUAUCUGUGGUUAAUCUGUACAGUUAAAGGAUUCCAUUGACUUAAAAAACAAAAGAGAAAACCAAGUAUGGUUAUGUUGUGUAUGUACCGUUAAAAUGGGGUUUGCAUGCAGUGCUUCGUCUAAUGUAUGUUUACAGUAUUUGAUAGGUUCAAGUGUACAAUUUAGUUUUUGUCAACCAGGUCACUUACUUUGUCUGAAAGCUGCUAAGUGUAUGUAUUGCAUUUUAGUAAUCAAAGUGUCUGCCUUUAUCAAAAGAAUAAAUAUUGGAAGGAAAGCAUGAACGUGUAAAGUUUAGUUUUAUAGUACAGACUUUGCAUUUUGAUGUAUUUUUGUAAAUGCACUGGUAUAAAUAUUCUCUCUUUAAAAAGUAAAUGGUUAAUUUGUGAGGGGAAGUUGUGAAAGUUUACAUUUGUUUCAAAUAAUUUAUAGUCUCAGUACUUUGAGUGGAAGAGGUGAGGAGUGUUUUGUUUUGUUUUUUUUAAAAAAGUAGAGCUAAAUGAAAAGUUACCCACACAUUCAUCACCCUGCGUUCAGUAGCCCUAAAAUGAAGGUUUGUGAUAGAGUGGCAAAACUCUUUAUAUCCAUGUAAUACAAUUGUUAUGGCUGCUUUGAAAUAAGAAUAAUUUAAAAGAUAAUAGCUAAAAUUCAGUGGUUAACACUCCACUUGCAUUUUAAAGCACUGAAGAUGCCUAGGACUGUAAAAGUAUGGCAGAUUAGUUAUACAUUGACAAAACCAAAGUAGACUAAAAACUAUAUACAAUUUGAUAUAAAAAGAAUACUAAAAAUUGGUAAAUAAUGAGGAAUAUUCAGCAUCUCAAUGUAUUCAUCAGACACUGUCUCCAACUUAAAGCUCUAUGAAGUUUUUUAAAAUUAUAAAAAGUACUUUCCUAUGUAACUUGGAGGCUGGUGUAACAAAAUUAACAAAUUAAGAAUGCACAGCUCAGGUUCUAUAAAAUCACUAAGGGUAUUUUGGUUCUGUUGGGAUGAGAAGGAAAAUGGAGGUCAGGAGCAUCUUUUUAAGUGAAGCCCUGUGCAGAUACAAAAUUUGUAUCUGCAUCUGGUCCAUAGAUUUAAGCAGAUUUGCAGGGCUCUGUCUUUAAGGGCAGUAAUGUCACCUUUCCCUUUAAAUCCAACUGAAAAAUAUCUGUGGAUUUAGAUUACAGAAGUUAGUUUUAAAACCUUAAAGACUGAUUUGAGGGUGCUUGUGUUGAUCUUAGCUCUCAAAUACUGUAUAGUAUAUUCCAACUGUUGAAGGAGAAACAGGAAUUCUGGGUUCUUUCUUGAAGGAUAAGAACUGAAAAGCUUCAAAAUAAAACAAAACCUUAAUUGUAACAAAUAUCAGUAAUUCACUGAUUUUAAAUGCAGAACUUGUCAUGAAGUUAAAGGUUAGGCUUUUUAACUAGAUCCAUUGUGUUGUCUAACACUUUAGUUCCAUAAAUGCACUUUUUCUUUUAUACACCAGUGUCUUUACAGUGCACAGAAUAACUGUCCUACCAUUCUAAUUUUCAACAGCAAUCUGGUUCCAGAAGCAUAUCCUGUUACCACUGAAUGUCUUUUACUUUGUAUCUGUUACAGAGCUAUGGUUUGAUUUGACGCUGUUAACAAAACAUGUCUGUGUCUUUUGGCAUUUAUUUUCAAAGUGCAAAAAUAAAAUAUUUAAAUGUAGUCUUAACAAUAGUUCUAUGUAAAAUAAAGUUGAGUAUUUAUGCAUUUUAGAAUGUAAACCUUUCAUGUAAAAAGCCCUUAGUUGUGUAUUUUUCCUGUACAGAAGCAAACCUCAGUUGUGAAACCCAAAGAUUAAUAAAGCUAUAAUAAGGGACAGUUCCUAAAUAAAGUGCAUUUAUUACAUUAAAAAAAACCUACUGGAACAGUUAUGACUUACAAUGGAGAAUUACAGUAUGUUCCUGUAUUGCUGAUAAUAUUCUGCUGAAAAGUAAGGAACACUUAACAAAAUAACUAUGUAGCACUGUAUACAGAUCUGCUUUUCAUGGGUUUUACACCACCUAACUUGUUUUGAAUUAAAGUGUAGUUUAUAAAUGCAAUUUAUGUGAACCCUAUAUACAGCUAUAGCUGAUGAAAAAAUACAGUAAAGAAAUUCUCUUAAA